UUCGGGCCCUCGAACGGAUGCCCAGUCUGAAACUCCGGAGCAUAAAUUGCCCGCAGCAGAGCGCGCGAACGUGGAAGCAGAGUAGCAAGGUGGCGGGGAAGCGAAGGCGAUGGGAAUCGACUGCCUGGUUUUGGGUGCGGGGCAGGAAGUCGGGAAGAGCUGCGCGGUGGUGACGAUGGGCGGGAAGCGGAUCAUGUUCGACUGCGGCAUGCACAUGGCGUACCAGGACCUCCGUCGAUACCCGGACUUCUCCUCCGUCCUCCGGCCCGGCGAGCCUCCGAUCGCCUGCGUCAUAAUCACCCACUUCCAUUUGGAUCAUGUUGGGGCGCUCCCUUACUUCACGGAGGUUUGCGGUUACAGCGGGCCUAUCUACAUGACGUAUCCAACCAAGGCUCUAGCACCUUUGAUGCUCGAAGAUUUUAGGAAGGUUAUUGUUGAUAGAAGAGGGGAAAAGGAACUAUUUACUGCUCAACAGAUUCUGGACUGCAUGGGGAAAGUAAUAGCAGUGGACUUGCGGCAGACAGUGCAAGUUGAUCCAGAUAUUCAGAUACGUGCAUAUUAUGCAGGACAUGUCCUUGGAGCAGCAAUGUUCUAUGCAAAAGUUGGAAACAGUAGUGUUUUGUAUACUGGAGACUACAAUAUGACACCUGACAGACAUCUUGGAGCAGCCCAGGUUGAUCGUUUGCAGCCAGACCUACUCAUAACUGAAUCCACGUAUGCAACAACUGUACGUGAAUCAAAGCUUGCACGUGAACGGGAAUUUGUUCAGGCGGUUCAUAGUUGUGUAGGAGCAGGAGGAAAAGUAUUGAUUCCUGUAUUUGCUAUGGGAAGAGCACAGGAACUCUGUAUACUGUUGGAUGACUACUGGGAACGUAUGAAUUUGAAAGUUCCUAUUUACUUUUCUUCUGGUCUGACCAUACAAGCGAACAUGUACUAUAAGAUGCUUAUUGGAUGGACUAACCAAAAGGUCAAGGAUGCAUGUGUUACACACAAUCCUUUCGAUUUUAAACAUGUUCGCGAUUUUGAGCGCUCUCAAAUCUAUAAUCCUGGGCCAUGUGUUCUCUUUGCUACACCUGGGAUGCUCACUGGAGGGUUUUCUCUUGAAGUCUUUAAGCAGUGGGCUCCUUCUGAACAGAAUCUGGUUGCUCUGCCUGGUUAUUCUGUUGCUGGAACCAUAGGCCAUAAGCUGAUGUCAGGAAAGCCAACACGGAUUGAUUUGGAUAAAGAUACACAUAUUGAUGUUCGGUGUAAGAUUCACCAGGUUUCAUUCAGUCCACAUACUGAUGCCAAAGGGAUUAUGGAUCUUGUGAAGUUGGUUUCUCCAGAUCAUGUGAUACUUGUUCAUGGGGAGAAGCCUAAAAUGGCUAUACUGAAGGGUAAAAUCCAGUCGGACCUGGGGCUUCCUUGCUAUUAUCCAGCAAACAACGAAUCCGUGCAUGUCUCCACAACUCAGGCAGUGAAAGUUGAUGUAACAAAAACAUUUAUGAAAAGCAAUUUGAGAUCAAUCUCUGACUGCUUAUACAAGAUAAUAAAAAAUGAUGCUGACACGUUACGAUGGACUGUGGAGGUAGGUAGAGAGCAUAAACAUCAAGCAUCAAUUGCCGAGGGCAUUUUGGUUAUGGAGAAGGCCAAAAGAGCCAAAAUUAUGCAUGAAGCAGAACUAUUGCCCGCUUUGAAUGCUGAAGAGCAUGAAAUUCAGUUUGCUUAUUGCUGCCCUGUGCGUAUUAGCAGCAUUGAACACAAACACUUGUGUUUGGCAGAUGGAGGCUCUAUGGAGUUGUUCAAUGAUUCCCGUGGUGAAUUUGCUUCUACACCAAGCUCAUCCAUUGUUAGUUCUGUUUCUUCUAACAGAGUUCAGUCCACCUCUUCGGAAUGCUGCCGUUUGCUUCAGUGGCUGUUUAUAGAAUUAAAGAAAGCAAUAGAUGAAGACAUCAAAGUGACAGCUGAUUCUAUACAGUUGAACUCAUUAAACAUCCAGACUUGCCUAAAAAAUAGCUGCUCUUACAGGAAAGAGAAAAUAGAUGAUUGCCAGCAAAUGGUGUUUUUUUGCUGUAGAUGGUCAUUGGUGGAUGAAAAAUAUGCAACGGCAGUUCUUUCAAUCAUGAGAGCCCUGAAUUAAGUGGUGAUCAACUGUUUGUCCUCCCAAAAUGUGUGGUUUACAGAUGGAUGAUCUUAUUCAGAAUGCACUGCCUUCAAUUUUGCCUGCCUGCAUCAUGCUGCCAAUUUAAGCGUGAAACUUGAACAUUCUGGCAUGUUGCAGGUUUGCAUCGUCAAGCCUCAUUUCUUGUUUCAAGGUAAAUUUAAAGCCAAAAGUGGAAAAGACUAGCAGAAAGAGGGGCAAAUCAUGCGUCGACAUACAGGGUUUGAGUUCCGUUGCAUAUUUACAGAAUUCCUUGCUUGUUGGGAGAUAAAACUAAGCAUCCCCAAGUAUACCUUUUAAGAUACGCUGUAAUUUGCUGAGUUUUCAUAAGGUGGAUGGCUUCUAAUCA